AUGAAGAUCUCUGCAACCAUCGCUGCCGUCGCGCUCCUGGCCACUUCGGCCUUUGCCUCGCCCGUCGCUGAAGCAGACUACGGCCGUGGUGGCCAUGGCGGCCGCAAGCAUGGAGGCGGAAGGGCCGGCAAGGGCAGGUGGUGCGAGGAGUCAGGCAAGCCUGUCCAAUUCUCCUCGACCUACAGCGUCGUGGCCACCCCCGACCAGGUGGUGAACGGCACCGAGUUCACCGGAGGCCUCCCAGGCGCCAUUGGCUACUACGAGUUCGGCCUCAACCGCCGUAAAAACAUUGUCUGCUACGACAUCCGCAUCUACGGCUUCCGUGGCGAGUACGAAUCGGCCGCCGACACCGCCACCCACAUGCACGAAGCUCCCAGGGGCGAGAGUGGCCCACCACGUCUCGCGUUCCCGAACCCAAAGAAGACUGGGAAUGGCGAUGAGCGCCGCAGCCAGGGCUGUCUCUACGGGCCGUUCGAGACCGGUAUCAUCGAUGAAGAGACUGGUAUGGACACUGGUGCCGGCUUCAAGGUUGGCCAGAUCGAGAACGACCCAGAUGCUUUCUUCUGUGAUGCUCACUCGAGCCUUGCCGUUCCCGGCGCCAUCAGAGGCCAGCUCGAGUAG